AUGGUUCAUAUAGAGAUACAUGAUAUCGACGAAGUUACGACAAGCGAAGAGGUGUGCUUAGCUUUAAAUGGUCAGGGUGGGUCCACUAAAGUGCUAGUAUCCGAUAUCCGGUCGAUGCGAAAAGCGUACGGAGGCACACAGACCGCAACCUUACUCCUACCCGAGAGCUUUGCCAAUAAGCUAGUAGGCCAAGGUAAAAUCAGAAUUGGCUGGGUUAUCUGCCGAAUAAGACAUAAAAUACAGCCAAAGCGCUGCUACAAAUGCUUUGAGUUCGGCCACAUAUCGAAGGGCUGUCGGAGCAGCGACGAUUUUGGCAAACCGUGCUUCAAGUGCGGUCAAACUGGGCAUACGGCCAAACUACGCACAAAUGCACCACGGUGCUUAUUAUGCGUAAAACGCGGCAGCAAUCCUACCAGCCACCAGGCAGGAGGCAACAAGUGUCCGGUAUAUCAACUGGCGCUAAGCAAACUAAAGCUUGAGGCCAAUUUUGUUUAUUUGGAUCUCGGUAAUCGCGAAUUAAAACCUUUUGACCCUUGCAGAACUCAACGUUGCGUUUACCUUGGUGGUUGCGAACAUUCGAUUGUUGACUUUUAA